AUGCUCUUCAAGGCCAUCACUACCAUCACCUUCGCCGGGUUGGUUAUCGCGGCUCCUGUUAGUUCUGAUCCUCCGUGUGCAACAAUUUGCCAGGAUGGCGUCAAUGACUGUGGUCAACCAUGGGGAGGAUGCUGGGAUAUUUGCAAACCCGAGGAGUCUCCCACACCACCACCCUGUACAUAUACUUAUACGCCAAUCAUCCCUCCUAUCACUCCUGAUCCCACAAUCACCCUUCCAGUUAUUACUCCCGAUCCAACUAUUACUAUUUCGAUUAUCACCCCUGACCCAACUAUCACUCUUCCGAUUAUCACCGGAGACGGGGAUUUCACGACUGUUGUCCCUACCCCACGACUGGUUGAUUAA